GGGAACAACUUUUUCAGCGGGAAAACGCAGCCGCUUUGGCUCAAGAAGCCAAGCCCCCCAUCUCCCCGACACCAGCGGUCUCCCUCAAGAAGCCGUUUGCCGUUUCGCUUGAGAACCAUGGCGGAAUCCAAGGUGAAGGACAUGGGCCUUGCCGAGUUCGGCCGCAAGGAGCUCACCCUGGCAGAGCACGAGAUGCCAGGCCUCAUGGCGGCCCGCAAGGAGUUCGGCCCGAAGCAGCCCUUCAAGGGCAUGAACAUCAAUGGCUCCCUCCACAUGACCAUUCAGACCGGCGUCUUGAUCGAGACGCUGCAUGCCCUGGGAGCCAAGGUGCGCUGGUGCUCCUGCAACAUCUUCAGCACCCAGGACCACGCUGCCGCAGCGAUCGCAAAGGCCGAGACUUCCACCGUCUUCGCUUGGAAGGGAGAGACGCUCCAGGAGUACUGGUGGUGCACCGAGCAGAUGAUGACCGUGCCCGGCGCGGACGGCUGCGACCAGCUCGUCGACGACGGCGGCGACGCCACCCUCCUGAUCCACAAGGGCAAGGAGUUCGAGGAGAAGUUCGCCAAGGACGGAUCUCUUCCUGAUCCUGCGUCGACGGACAACGCUGAGUUCAAGUGCAUCCUGCAGCUCCUGAAGGAUUCGAUCCCGGCUGACAAGACGAAAUACACCCGCAUGGCUGCCAAGUGUAAGGGUGUCAGCGAGGAAACCACGACUGGCGUUCACCGGCUGAAGGAGAUGGCUGCGAAGGGCGAGCUCCUGUUCCCAGCCAUCAAUGUGAACGACUGCGUGACAAAGUCUAAGUUUGACAAUGUCUACGGGUGCAGGCAUUCGCUGCCAGAUGGCAUCAUGCGCGCCACAGACGUCAUGAUCGGGGGCAAGCGUGCGCUGAUUUGUGGUUAUGGUGAUGUGGGCAAGGGUUGCGCGUUCGCCAUGCGCGGUGCUGGUGCUAGGGUGCUGAUCACUGAGUGUGACCCCAUCUGUGCGCUACAGGCAUGCAUGGAGGGCUUCCAGGUGGUUACGAUGGAGAGCGUUGUCGGCGAGAUCGACAUCUUCACGACCACCACCGGAAACUUCAAGAUCAUCACGCUGGAGCACAUGAAGAAGAUGAAGAACAACGCCAUUGUUGGCAACAUCGGCCACUUUGAUAACGAGAUCGAGAUGGAGAAUCUGGAAAAGUUUGCUGGCAUCAAGGUGGAGAACAUCAAGCCGCAGGUGGACCGCUACGUCUUCCCAGACGGGCACGGCAUCAUCGUCCUGGCGGCUGGGCGACUGCUCAAUCUCGGCUGCGCCACCGGACACCCGUCCUUCGUGAUGUCCUGCUCGUUCACGAACCAGGUCCUCGCGCAGAUCGACCUGCUCACGGCGAAGGAGAAGGGCUACAAGAACAACGUGUACCUCCUCCCGAAAGACCUCGACGAGAAGGUUGCAGCCCUGCACCUGCCGGCACUCGGUGCCGAGCUCACGACCCUCACGAAAGAGCAGGCCGAUUACAUCGGUGUGAAGGUCACUGGCCCCUUCAAGCCCGACACCUACCGGUACUGAGCGCGCAGAGCCAAGGGCCAGCAGAGCCUUUGGCGAGGCUCAGAUUUUGACAGCCCUUUCGCACGUGGGGCCGACAGCGGCCGCAGCGUUAUUGUCCUCCUGGGUCGAUGGAUCCUGCGGCAAGCUGUCGAUGGUGCUUGGGUGACCUCGCGGCAAGUCGAUGAUCUGCAAAAGAGAGUCGGUUUCGUUGUCUGUUGGCUUUGGAACCUCUCCAACGUAAUCGCUGGGUAUUCGCGCUGUUGCGACAGGCGGGAAGGUGUACCACUUAGGUAUGAUUUGAC